ACGUAAAGUAAGUUUUUUUAUAAUGAAGACCUUGCAAAUCGCUCUUGUCCUUUCUGCCAUUUUGGCCAUUGGUUUGGCUGCAAAUGCCAGUUGGGGCGCCAAAUUAUCCAGCAGUAAGCUAGCUAGCACCCAGAACGUAACCAUCCACAAGAAGGCAAAUGUAAAUGCGACCGUAAAAAUUAUUUUCCCAGUGGCGGGCACGACCAACACCAAAACUAUUCGGUACAUAAGUAUAAUUGAUAGGUUCACCAACAGCUCGGGUCCCGUCUCCAAGAUAGCUCUGGGUGGUAUUGGUUAUUCAUACGCCACAGUCAAUGUCACAAGCCAGCCAUCCCAAGGAAUCAACGUCACUGCCCAAUUCUGGGUCGAUGCCUAAAAUGCUCCGGCGCACUUCAU